CAAAACCUGCAGCCGCUGCAGCAGCCCUGCGCCACCGGGAGGGUGCCAUCAGUUUGGGGCCUCGGCUCGGGGGUGGGUCGGCAGCCCCUCCCCAGCCGCUGAAAGAGACCUCUCUCGCCCCCCUCCCCGCGAAUCGACUGUGGUGCCUUUAAAGGAAGGGGGGCGGCUGUGGGAGCAGCCGCAGCGCAGCUUCUCCAGCUCUUGAACGGGAGCCUCAGUCAGGCCGGGGAUCGAGACGCAGCUUCUCCGCUGGAGACGGCGCGCAAGCGGCAAGGAAAAGCCAACGGGGAGGCGCUGCGCUCGACGGCAUUCAGAAGCGAUGGCGACCGACCCGCCGCCGCCGCCGCCGCGCCCAGUUGGAUUGCAUCAUUUUGGCUCCCAGUGGCUCAUGGAAGGCUUCGAUUCAGUGGAAAGCUCUGAUGAUGAAUUCUUCGAUGCACGAGAGGAGGUGGCCGAAGGAAAGAAUGCCAUCCUUCUGGGGAUGAGUCAGUGGAAUUCCAAUGACUUGGUGGAGCAGAUCGAGACAAUUGGAAAGCUGGAUGAAAAUCAAGGUGAAGACCCCACUUUUUGUUCAUCUGGUGUUCUACAUGAAAAACAACGGGAGUUGUACAGAGCCUCUCUGAGGAAGCAUCGCUAUCCUGCACAGGGCAGCAUUGAAAUCCAUGAGGACAUUGAGGAAGGAAGUCAGUUGCGCAACUGCAGAACACAUGUCCUGAUUCUUGUCCUUCAUGGAGGCAACAUCCUAGAUACAGGAGCAGGGGAGCCCAGCAGCAAGAUGGCUGACGUCAACACCUUCACAUCUGUAUUUGAGAAAGUGACCCAGGCUCACUUCCCUUCCUCACUCGGCCAUAUUGUAAUCAGACUUGUUCCCUGUCCAGCUGUCUGCUCUGAAGCCUUCUCCCUCAUGGCAAACCUGAAUCCUUACAGUUAUGAUGAGACAUCUCUAAGUAGCAGUGAAGAUCACAUCCCGCUGGCCGCCUUGCCCUUGUUGGCGAUCUCUUCUCCUCAGUACCAGAAUGCAGUUGCCAUGGUGAUCAGCAGAGCCAACCAAGUUUAUAAUGAAUUUCUUGGAUCUCCUGAUGGGGCAGGCUUUAAUGGGCAGGUGUGCCUUGUGGGGGACUGUGUGGGAGGAAUGUUGGGCUUUGAUGCCAUUUGCUACAGCACAGGACUAGCAGAUGAAAGCCAAGUCAGCAGCAGAAGAGGCAGCACCAGCAGUGUUCAGGAUAAAUCUGUUUCAGCUGAAGAUUCAAAUCUAGAAGACCUCAAGCGCCUCAGCAAAAGUAAUAUUGAUAUCUCAGGAAUAAUGGAGAAUGAAGAGCCGAGACAACCAUUGCCUCGGAAACAAAGUGAUUGCUCCAACUAUGACUGUGAUAGCAUAACAAACCAUCAUGCUUUCCUAUCCAGUAUCCACUCGACAAUGUUGAAUGAAGAUGCAGAAUUUCCCCCAACAAACACUUCAAGCACAUUGGAUGUUAAUUUGGGGCGAUUUGAAUUUGAGGUGUCUGAUUUCUUCCUCUUUGGUUCACCCCUCGGUUUGGUGCUGGCUAUGCGGAGGACAGUCCUGCCUAGUCUGGAAGUCUGCCAAGUACAUCCAGCCUGCAGUCAAGUUUACAGCCUCUUCCACUCAGCUGACCCUUCCGCCUGCAGACUGGAGCCAUUAUUAGAGAAUAAAUUCCAUCUUCUGCCUCCCUGUACUGUACCAAGGUACCAGAGAUACCCCUUGGGAGAUGGAAGAUCCCACCUCUUAGCUGAUACAUUCCAGUACCAUAGCAGCUUGUUUGCUGAAGAUAGUUCUGCGAAGUCAUCCUUCAUGCAAGAAACUUUAGCACUUCCCAAUGCUGUACAAGGGAAAAUGAGAAGAGGGAGCCUGGGCAGCAGCAACAGUGAGAGCUCUGGGUCAACAGAGAGCUUGUUGUCCAGCAACAUAGCAAACAUAACUUCCAAAUGGUGGGGAGCCAAGAGAAUAGAUUACGUUUUGUACUGUCCAGAUGUCCUCACAGCCUUUCCUACAGUGGCUUUGCCACAUCUCUUCCAUGCCAGCUACUGGGAAUCAACAGAUGUGGUUGCUUUCAUUCUGAGACAGGUGAUGAGAUUUGAAACCAUCAAUGUGAAGGAAAGCAACAGUUUGGAUCCAGUGUCUCUCAGCCCUUCAAAUCCCCGAGAGAAAUGGCUGCGCAAAAGAACCCAAGUCAAGCUAAGGAAUGUAACUUCCAACCACAGAUCGAAUGAUGUCAUUGUUGCAGAAGAUGGCCCUCAGUUGCUAGUUGGCCGGUUCAUGUAUGGACCACUUGACAUGGUGGCUUUAACAGGAGAAAAGGUUGACAUCUUCAUCAUGACCGAACCUUCCUCCGGACGUUGGGUCUAUUUUGAUACAGAAAUCACCAAUAGUAGUGGUAGAAUCUCAUACAACGUCCCCAAAGACAAAAGACCUGCUGUUGGCGUCUAUCCUAUUAAAAUGGUGGUCAGGGGAGAUCAGAGUAGUGCCAUAAGCUACUUGACUGUCCUUCCUCGAGGAAUGGAGUGUGUCGUCUUCAGCAUCGAUGGGUCCUUUGCUGCCAGUGUCUCCAUCAUGGGCAGUGACCCUAAAGUCAGAGCCGGAGCAGUUGAUGUUGUCAGGCAUUGGCAAGAUCUUGGCUACCUGAUUAUCUAUAUCACAGGACGUCCUGACAUGCAAAAGCAACGUGUAGUCUCCUGGCUGUCUCAACACAACUUCCCUCAAGGGAUGAUCUUUUUCUCUGAUGGUCUUGUCCAUGAUCCUUUAAGGCAGAAAACCAUUUUUCUCCGGAAUCUUGUGCAAGAGUGCCACAUCAAAAUUUGUGCUGCAUAUGGCUCCAUGAAGGACAUUUCUGUGUAUAAUGUCCUGGGUCUUUCCCCCUCUCAGAUUUACAUUGUUGGACGACCAGCAAAGAAAUAUCAGACUCUGUGCCAGUUUAUCAGCGGAGGUUAUGCAGCCCACUUGGCUUCCCUGGAGUUCAGCCUCCGUUCUCGGCCUAAGAAGAACAACUCCCGCAUGAUCCUAAGGAAAGGCAGCUUUGGUCUUCAUUCACAACCCGAUUUCCUGCGCAAGAGGAAUCACCUCCGGAGAACUAUGUCUGUCCAGCAGCCUGACCCACCGUCCUUGACCCCCAAGCCAGAGCGUGCCCAAAGCCAGCCCGAGUCAGAUAAAGACCAUGACCGGCAUCUGCCCUCCAUUGUGUGGAUGAGAGGGGGGGUUCAUAAGUUUGAGUCUGUCCCAUAACAAGAGCUGGGAUUGCACCACCAGGCCCCUGGUAUCCUGCAAAGAGCUUGUAGGCAUUUGCUCUUUGAGUUGCACUUGGCAGCUUCAUGGUUCAAAGUGAUGGAGAGGAUUGGAAUUCACAAAGCUCUGGCAGCUUCUGUCUCCCAUGGGGAGCUUUCUGUUCCUUCCUCUUGUUUGUAUCCACUCAUGAAACAUUGAAAGUAGAGAAAACGAUUUGUACCAACCGCGAUCUCUUGCGGGGGGUGACGCUGGACAGGAAAAUGAGCUUGUGUCUUAAUGUUUACUUCGUAACAAAAAUGUGCAAUAAAGCAGAGUGGGGAAGCUCCAGCUCAUCUCAGUGAGAAAGGGCCUCACUGACAGCAACCACAUCUGCUUCUCGAAAAGGCAGCCUUCUGGUGUGGCAGCAGCAACAUCUGCAAUUCUUGGGGCAAAUAAGAAUCAAAGGGAGGAGCCCAUAGCUGUGCACUGGGGGAAUCUCUUGGGUGCCUUAAGCCCAAUAUCUUUUCAUCCAGACAGUUCUAUCACUGGCUCAUCACCAGAGUAGGUCUCAAUUAUACUUAUUUAUCAGAGGCUUCAGUAGAGGCAACACAUGAACGUGGAAACCAGUGGUGGAAAAAAUUGAACCCUGGAUUCAGUGCAGGCCUACUGUUUUUCAGAUGUGCCACCCAUCUUCUGUGGCUACACAAUAGCAUUUUUGCUAUUUUGGCAGAAAACCAUAACUUCUAAAGAAACUAAAGGGAUCAUCUGCAUCCUUCUGUCACAUCAUCAUAAUCCCACUGAAGCAACCUUCACUCCUGCUACUCACAGUGUCCUAUCCUAUGUGUUGAACACACUGUUGAGCUUCAGGAGACAAAUUUUAUGUGCCAUAUUUCCAAUGUUUUAAGAGAUCUGUUGCCAUUUCUGAAUAAAAUAUGUAUCCCAAACACUCAGUGAUAAGGCAUCAGUUUUCCAUAUGAAGGGGCCCCAUGACAAAACUUGACAUCUCCAGUUAGGGCUAGUAAAUCCUUUGGAUAUAAAAUGAGUUAAUAAACUAGGGGACUGAUUCAAAAUAAGGGAGUUGAUUUUGUUCCUAUAAAGUAAAUAUGUAUGCGUGGCAUACAUGCUUUUCAAGAGUCUCUCACCUGUUUUUCCCACCAUUGGAUGCAGUGUAGCUAUAGAAAAUACAGAUUAAAUGAAACUUCCAUGCAACUCUUGAGAAAGAGACUGAGAUCUCUGUUCUGGGCCCGAUCCAUCGGACCUUGGUAGAAGUUGAGCAACCCCAGUCAACCAUUACCCCAUCACGAAAGUACAAUGGAAAAAUGGCAAAGGAAAUGAGUCGGGAGAUAGCAAAUGACCUUGUACUACCAAAUAUUGAAGUAGAGUACCAUAGCCCAUAUUUCAUAGCAGAAAUAAUAGGCAAAACAUGCCUGUCAUCUGUUCUUAGAAUUGACCAGACAAGAUAACAGCACACAAGAAUCUUACCCUAAAUAGAUUGAGCUUUUUUCUUUAUUUGAAGUAUAUCAAAGAUGGAUAUUAGAAAGCAGAUGGUGCCUACAGUAAUGAAAGGAGAAUGAAAUAUGGCAAAUUGCUUCAUGACUUAAUUGCUGUACAAUCCUGAGGUUAUUAAAUGAGGACUAUUAAAUGAGUCCUUGCCUUUAAUAAAUCUGCUUCUGGUAAUACAACAGUAUACCUUUCCUAAGCUGCAGCAACAAAAUUUCCUCAGAGAGUUAAUCAAGGGCUUUAAAAAAAAAAUUAACUGUCAGUAUCUCAUAGCUAAUGCAAUCUUGAUUUUUCUUGUAUCUUCAAAGCCUUUUUUCCCUAUGGGCAUCUUCACCAAUUUCACUAUUCUGAUUUCAUAAUGAAUUCUUUGGCAAUUGUUCUUCAGAGAUUUUGGAUCACUCUUGAAUCUACAUCUGUCUGGCAGUCUAAGACUCCCAGCUCCAUCUCUGCCUGAUAACCAUUUUUUCUUCAUCUUCUGUACUUUUAGACUCCCAACAGUAUUAACUUCUUACCAGCCUCUUAACCCCUUUUGGUUUCUCUUCCCCAUUGGACACUAUAUUUUCAAACUACCUGCUUUCCCAAUUCUUCUCAGACUCCGCUUGUCUGCUUGAAGUACAGAUGGACUAUCCAAGUAAUUAUAUGACAGGAUGACAGACGGAGGCAUUUUUAACCUUUUCAAACUUGGGUUUGAUUCUGAGCAUCAAACUCAUUUAAUAACAUCUCUUGCUCCUUCAGAUGUUCAAACAGUCUUAUUCUGCCAUAUUACACAUUAGUUUUCCAAGACAAUAUCCAUCAAUCUGAAGGUGCUUGCUGAUUGAGUGUGCUACUUAACCUUCAUGAUUUUGACAACAUGGGAGCAUAACUCUACUAUUUCCAGUCAAGUGUGCACCACAUUGGUCCAUUUAUCUAUCACAUGCUGAACAGCAAAGAUCACAAAAGAAAAGAAGCAGGCAAUGAAACUGAAACACCAACCCUCCAAGUUGUUGACCUUGAUUGAUUUUUCCAUACAGAAAGGGCAGGCAUUCUCUUUUUUGGCUCUCUUAUCUCACCACACCACUCAAAAGCUUUGAAUCUCUUACUGUGGUGUUCCUUCGUUUUAUCUCUUGUUCUGCUUCAUAUAAAGAAUGUCUCUUUAAUCAUUCUUUUCAUUGACCUUUUUCUGGUUCUUGCAUAAGUAGGGAGAUCUACCAGAAUUGUUAAACUGCUCAACUUCACACAAUACAUGGUUUUGAUUGAUUAUACUGCAAAUCCAUUAAAAUUACAAAUUACAAAUAUCCUCCCGUUGGUAGGUAAGGCUAAAAUGGGUAAUUGGUGAUUCAGGCUUUUGUGAGAAUCCAGCCAUUAGUUUAACAAGUGGUGAGAAUCUGACCAUAAUGUUAAUAUGGUUUCUUUCUUUGGGUAUAGUAAUGUCUUGAGGUAGUAUUGUUGCAUUUAGUGCAUUUAGUGUUUUUAGUGAACCCAGUCAAUAAUAAGCAUCCCUUACACCAAGUUUCAAGCAGAUAGCAUGGGCUUAAAAACCAAAUUAGAUGUAAUCUAGUGAGUAAAUUUGCUAUUUUUAAAAAAGAGAUAGACAUUCUCCAAGCAAUUGAGGAUGCAUCUUGGGAAACUUUCCCUUUGUCUGCUUAUUAGUCCAGGCCCUUGGAGUAAUGCUUCUACAUGACUUAACUGACAUCACAUGUAGUUUAUGAAGCAAGUUAAGGUUGAAGAAUAAUUCACAAUCAGGUUUUGCAAUGGUGCAUUAUGGGUGAUAUUAUUGAGAGAUUUUUCUACCCGAAAAAAAAAAAGGAGAGUCCCCAGGGUGUUGUAGACAUUAUACCAGGUAAUUCAGAGUUAAACACAUCAACUUUAGCUCAUGAUUAUAGUAAGGAACUAUAUCCCCCAAAUUGCAUGCUUGAAUGUGUUAUAGUCAGUGGUGGGUUUCAAAUUUUUUUAGAACCUCUUCUGUAGGUGUGGCCUGCUUUGUGG